UGUAAGCUCAGCUGGUUAUGCACUGGUGAGAAAGGUACCUGUUCAGCAGGAUGGGGUUGAAAUGCUUCUGCAUGGCAGAUCUCCCAGGCAAAGUCACCCCACAACAAGAAUUUGGAGUAAAAGGAAACCUCUGGAAGUUAUUUAGCCAACCUCCCGCCCACAGUAAGUCUCUGAACAGCAGCAAGUCCUGUCAUCCACGGAUGUGGGUCCAAAGCUCAGUGGCAUGUUUGGCCAUGUGGUGUGUGUAUGCACAAGCUAAUUACUCCUCUCUCCCCUUGCUCCCACUAGCUUAGGGGGUGAUGUUUUAAGGUCACGUCUUCUACUGUCUCUCACUUCUGUAAGUACACCAGUGCUGUACCUACUCAACAGAGACCUGGACUUGUCUGAUCCUUCUGUUGCUUCACUGGUGGCGCAGAUGCACUCCCUGAGCUGGGGGAUGAUGAACGAAGGGUUUAAGAGGAGACAUUAGGGAGCAAGUCAGUGUCCAGUGACCUGUCCUUAUCGCUUUGGUGAAAGCAGCCAGGAGACCUUUGACAAAUCCCACACCGCAUUUCAAACGCUGAGGGCAAUCGGGGUUUCCAGUUUCCAGAAAUAAAGAUACAAACCACUCAGAGAGGCUGCCCAGGAAAUAGCUCAGACAUGCAGCAGAAAUCAGGUCAAUCUCCUUUUCAAGUGACAUCAGAACCUCAUGCAAAACCAGGCCAAUGUCUUUUCUUAUCCCCAAAUCCUGUGUGCUCUGUAUGUGUGUGUGACAAGUCUGGUAUGUUUUUCUUAAGGGUACUCUCCCAGUCAAAUCCAUUUUAGGAUUCUCUCCAAGACAUUGUAGUUUAGAUUCAGUUUUAUGGCUGACCAGGGUUUCAGCCUGGGGCAAAUGAAAAUCGAUAGCUUGGGACACAGCUGUCAGGAUCAUGUCUACCUGAGGACCAACCAUAUUUCCCUGUCAAAAGCAGAAGUCACCAGGGUGGGCUAUCCAGCCAUUAAGCCAUUAAUGAGAGCAGCACGUGUGAAUGAGAAGCUGCAAGCCCCCUGUCUGCCCUGGCAUAAGGAGCAAGAGCAACCUUUCUUGUCUGAAAGGGGAUGUGCAUGGGGGAGAGGAGGGAGCACAGCCAGAAGACGUGGCCCCAAAGAAUAAAACAAACCAUGUCAGACAGCACAGUGGGUCCACCUGAAAAUUGUGCAGCAAGUAUUUACAAGAUGAGAAGUGCAUCUUGUGCUUCUUCUAUGCCACAUCAGUCCUAGGCAUUCAGCUCAGAUCAAGCCAUCGUGUCCCCCUGGGGAAGUCGGCCCUGCAAAUCCAGACAUUUGAUUUGGGGUGAUUCAGCAUGGGAAGUAGCAGGGCAAGGAUGGGCUGGGCUCCAAGGAAAGGCAUGGCAGAGGAGCAAUGGCUCUUAGCACAGCAGGGGCAAAGCAGGAACAUCCCAAACCCACCCACGCUCUGCUUGGCCUCCUGCUUCCCUUUCAGCUGCAUGGGAUCAGCCCCACAACCCACGCUGAAGCCUGCUUGUGGAUUCACACCUCACAUUUUGGAAAAAAAUCACUCUGCAGCACAGAUGCCUUCAGGAGGUUUGGGGAAAUAUUGGGACAAGACAAGCUGUCCCCACUCUGUCCCCCAGAGUGACAGUGCUCUGGCACCUUUGUUCUGGCCGCAGGAACAGGGAGGGAAUGGCUGGUGACAAAGUGCGUCCCACAGGACUCCAAUAUAUCAUCUUAAUGGGGGAACAUGCUGAUUCAGGUGCUCAUGAAAAGUACUCAUUUUAUCACAUCUGAUUAGGUGUUUAGUGUUCAAAGAGUUUAAACAUUAAUAUUUUGCUAUUUAAGCAACGUGCUCUAGCACAGCCUGGACAUAGACGUACUCAGCAUGGCCGAGUUUGGAGAUUUUAUAAGUGCUCUGGGGGAGUUUGGGCUAUAUCAGAAAUGGCUAGUACUGUUGCUCUCCCUCCCACUGCUUCUUAACCCUUUCCAAAUGAUUGGCCAAGUGUUCAUAGUUGUGGACGUGCCUCAUUACUGCAACACCAGCUGGAUCUGUGCCAUCGGCCCCAACCUGACCGAGGAGGAGCAGCUGAACCUCACUCUGCCCCGCGACGCGGACGGAGCGUACGAGCAGUGCUCCAUGUACUCGCCCGUGGACUGGGACCUCGACUCCAUCGUGGCAUACGGCCUGAACGCCACGGAGGAGUGCAGCAGUGGCUGGGUGUACCCCACAGCACAGCAGCCGUCCCUGCUCACCGAGUUCGACCUCGUGUGUGACAGGAAGGACCUGAAUGACAUCUCGCAGUCUGUCUACAUGCUGGGAAUGUUCCUGGGAGCCAUGAUCUUUGGGCCACUAAGUGACAGGACCGGCCGCCGGCCAGUUUUUCUGAUCUCCAUCUUCAUCCAGAGCUUGUUUGGUUUAGGAAUUGCCUUUGUGCCCCAUUUCUAUGUAUAUAUGGCCUUCAGAUGUGUCGUGGCAACUGCUGUGUCAGGAAUUCUGAUUACUGCCUUGGCCUUAGCUACAGAAUGGGUUGGGGUCUCCUAUCGACCACGUGCAGUGCUUAUUACUCACUGCUGUUUCGCUGUUGGACAAAUGAUUUUGGCUGGCUUGAGCUAUGGGAUUCGUAACUGGAGGUUGCUGGAAAUUGCAGGAUCUGCUCCUAUAUUUGCCCUUUUCUUCUUCAUCUGGGUGCUACCAGAGUCAGCUCGGUGGCUGGUGACAAAAGGCAAAAUAGAAGAAGCUAAGAAGGUCCUUCAGAAGGCAGCAUCCAUCAACAAGCGCACCAUCCCCCUGGGACUCCUUGAGCAGCUGAAGUGUGAGACACAGACCAAGUCUGGACGUUUUCUGGAUCUCUUUCGGAAGAAGCACAUCCGGAAGGUGACUUUAAUCAUGUCGUGUGCCUGGUUUGUUAAUAGCCUUGUUUACUAUGGUCUGAGUCUGAAUGUGACUAAUUUUGGUCUGGACAUCUACCUGACACAGCUUGCAUUUGGAGCAGUGGAAAUCCCAGGCCGUGCUGGUUGUAUCUUCCUGCUGCAGUGGUUUGGGAGGAGGAAAUCCCAGGCUGGCACCCUGCUGCUGAGUGGCCUGGUGUGUCUGAUCAUCACUGGCAUCCCUGAAGACCAGCCCGUGGUGAUCACUGUCCUGGCCACCAUCGGCAAGUUCGCCGCCUCAGCCUCCUUCUCCUCCUCCUACGUCUACUCCGCAGAGCUCUUCCCCACCGUCAUCAGGCAAAGCGGCGUGGGGCUGUGCUCGAUGGCGGCGCGGGUGGCGGGGAUCAUCGCCCCACUGAUCCGCCUCCUGGAGCAGUACCACCGGGCCGUCCCCAUGGCCAUCUUCGGCAGUGCCCCCGUGCUGGGGGGGCUGCUCUGCUUCCUGCUGCCCGAGACCCGCGGCGCUGAGCUGGUGGAUGACACGAGGGGUGGCCGUCCCAUGGCAGAGGUGAGCCCCCACACUGCCUCCUCUUGCUCAUGAGGGACAGGGGGACCACAGAAGGGCCCAAGGGAAUUGCAUUCUCUGGGUGUGGUGGUUUCUUUGGGGGCUUAUAUUGAUGGGAGGGUAGGGAGUUGGGUGUCCCAUUGCAGUGGAAGGGGAGGGGAAAGGGUGGUGGUAAACUGCCCCAUAACACAGCCCAAAGUGGUAUCUCAGUCCCAGGGCAGUCACUGCUGCCCUCCUGUCCAUGAAAUGAAAGGACUGCAGGAGCGGAGGGUGCUUGCCCUGGAUCCCCCAGCCCUCCCCAGGGAAGGGCUGAUGCCUCGUAGCUGUGCUCUCCAGCUUUCAGCAGCGCGUAGCUCCCAUCUCCCCGUUUCCCCACAGGGCAAGGUGGAAUUGCAGCCCAGUACUUUUGUUAGGAGAAGGAUGUUCGUGGGUGCUCAGAGAGUAGGUGAUGUGUGGGAAGCCAGGUUGUUGAAGGCUGCUUGUCUUUUGGCUAAUUGGAGAAGG